AUGGUUAGAGAUACAGAUGACGAAGACGGCGGUGAAGGUGAAGAUAUGUGGGCACCCUUUGCCAAUGAGGAAGAAUGGGGACUUGCUGAAUGGAUGGUCAAAAGCCUUGGGCAGACUAAAACGGAUGAAUUUCUGAAGUUACCGAUAACGCGAAACCGCACCAAGCCUUCAUUCCAUAAUAAACGGUCAUUCCUACAGAGAGUCGAUGCGCUGCCACAUGGACCGGCCUGGAAUUGUAAGAAGGUUAGCGUCAAAGGAAAUCGGACAGAUGAGAACGGACAGUCGCUGCAUGAGGACCUUGAACUUUGGUCCCGCGACCCUGUAGAAUGCAUCAAGGAACUUAUCGGAAAUCCUUUAUUCAAGGAAUAUAUGGUGUAUGCACCAUCACGAGCGUAUGAGGACGAAGCGGGCACCGAACGGAUCAUCGAUGAUAUGUGGACAGCUGAUUGGUGGUGGGACAAGCAGGUGAGUGAUAAGUCCGCUUGGCCUGUUUAUCUGUCAAUUGGCAACAUUGCCAAAGAGAAACGACGUCAAACAUCCGCACGCGCAACCAUCCUCAUCAGGUACUUACCUGUGACGAAGCUCGAUUGUUUCACGUCUGAUGCGCGAUCCCUCGCUGGAUACCGAUUGUUCCACCACUGUCUGUCGCUGUUGCUGGAGCCGCUGAUUGCAGCCGGUGAGGAUGGUGUAGACAUGGUUUGCGCUGACUCGUUCAUUCGACGAGUGUACCCCAUACUUGCGGCCUACGUCGCGGAUUUUCCCGAGCAGUGUCUCAUUGCUUGCUGCAAAGAAAACCGGUGCCCUAAGUGCUUGGUGGCAGCCGAUGAGCGUGGUGAUCUGCUAAAUUCACUGAUCCGAGACCCGGAGCUGACAAAGGAGAUACUGGAGAGACGGAGGAGUGGUCAGCACCCAGUAGAAUUCGAUGAGUAUGGACUGAGGCCGGUGUAUAAACCUUUCUGGGCCAACUUACCACACACCAACAUUUUUUUGGCAUUCACGCCAGAUCUCCUCCACCAACUCCACAAGGGGGUCUUCAAAGACCAUCUCGUCAAAUGGUGCCUCGACAUCGUGGGAGAAACCGAACUUGAUGCUCGCUUCAAGGCCAUUCCAGACUAUCCUGGUCUCCGUCACUUUAAAAAAGGUAUAUCGAGCGUCAAGCAGUGGACCGGAACUGAGCACAAGGAAAUGCAGCGCGUUUUCAUGGCGCUAAUUACUGGUGCAGUCCCAAGUCGAGUGGUCAUUGUCACGCGGGCCUUACUGGAUUUUUGCUAUUACGCACGACUUCAUACACAUACGAGCGAAUCCCUGGACUGUCUGGAGAACGCCCUCACCGUUUUUCACGCUCACAAGGAUGUGUUACAGGAGCUCGCAGUGCGUGAACACUUCAACAUUCCAAAGCUACAUCAAUUGUCCCACUACGUACAGUCAAUCAAACUAUUCGGAGCUGCAGAUGGAUUCAACACCAAACUUCCCGAGCGCCUCCACAUCGACUUCGCUAAAGAGGCUUACCGUGCAAGUAACAAGCGCGACUACGAGGAACAGAUGGCGUUAUGGCUUCAACGCCAGGAGGCAGUCUUCUGCCGAUCCACUUACCUCGAAUGGGUGGCUGAGCGUGCCGCUCGCCGGACAGACCGGGAAUCUGAGUAUGAUUCCGACUCUGAUGCUGAAAACGAGGGCUUUGAUGUGGUGCCUGUUGUUUUGCAGGAUAUCAUUCAUGUUCUGGCGAAGACUGCCCCACAUCCUCGUCGAUCUGUUCAACAUCUCGAAACCAUGCAUGGCGCCGUUGAUUUCCUGCCCGCUCUCACAUUAUUUUUACAGGGGCGUUUGCCGCACAAUCAUAGCAUUGUGCCUGGUCCCCAAGAUCGUUUUGACACUUUCCGACAAGUAGUUAUCAUCCUUCCCCCCGACCCUCGUGUGUCCGAGUUGCCCAAGUGCCUACGGGUCAGGGCGACGCCUGAAGUGCUUCCUUCGUCUUCUGGACGGAAGCCAGGUUCCCCCAAUCGAUUUGACAUGGCACUGGUUAGCAGUGAUGGCGUCCAAGCAUCGAAGGCACUACUCACGCUGAAUGUUGCGCAGGUCCGUGUGUUGUUCACGCUGCCUCGUCAAUUUGGCGCAUACCCGCGACCCCUUGCGUACGUUGAAUGGUUUACCCCGUUCAGAGAGCCAGACGAGUCGUCUGGUCUGCGUCUAAUCUCUCGUUCAACUCGUCACUUGCGACGGAAUUCGGCCGUGAUUCAUGUUGACGAGAUUAUUCGUCCAUGUCACCUCAUACCCAAGAUGGGUCGAUUGGUCAAUCCUACGUGGACGAGCGCGAAUGUGUAUGAGUUGGCGAGUGAAUUUUACUUAAAUCCAUUCAUUGACCUCGAGACUUUUUGUAUGUCCACUACGAGUACUUAG